CAUAAAUCACAAAAUGCUUCGUCCAGGUUCCUCAAUGAGUAAAGCCAAGCAAACAAAGGCAGCCAUCCCAGCCUCCGGUGGAAUUGCUACCAGAGUUGUUCAAGAGAAAAUGCCUACCUUGGAAGAAUACGUGAAAAAUAGAGAUUGGGUAGGAGCGAUUUCCCUCUUAGAAAAUGAAUAAAAGUACUAUUGAGAAUUUAAAGGUUAGUUUUAAUGAUUCAAGAGCUGAGCCCAAAUUGUGGUUAGCCUAUGCAUGUUUUCACAAUGGAGAAUAUAAGUAAAGUGCUAUCCUACAUUUCAAAAUAGAAGGGCCAUCCAAGUUUAUGAUCAGAUGAUGACCAAGGCCGAUUACAACAAGGAGAUCCACAUCUACAAAGCCUGCUGUUUUUAUGCCCUGUGUCAAUACGAAGAUGCCAAAAGAGAGUGUUCUAAAGGCCCAGAGACUCCCUUAUCUGUGAGAUUGUAAUUCAAUUCAUACUAAGUCAUAGACAAUUUCAUAUUGCUCACAAGAAAAAUGAUGAGAAGAAUCUCAUGACCUACCAUCACAAGAUACAAGAGACUGUCCACGAUUAGUUAUGUUUGGCAGCAAUUCAUUAUUUAAGAGGACAUUACGAAGAAGUAACUGAUAUUUUAAAUUCGAUAGGCAACCGAUGCAUACAAAAAAUUACUGCUUGAAAAUCGAGAAUAUUCAGCAAUCAAUGUUUACAUAGCGUUGUGUUACUAUAAAUUAGAAUAUUUUGAUGUCUCUAUCGAAAUACUAUCUUCCUAUUUAAAUUAAUUUCCAUAAAGUGUGACAGCAAUUAAUCUGAAGGCUUGCAAUCAAUUUUAGUUAUACAGUGGUAAAUUAGCAGAGGAAGUAUUCAAACCUUUGCAAUAAUAAUAUGAAGGAAUUAAUGUUUGUGCAGAUAAUGAUUUAUUGAAACAUAAUUUAGUUGUUUUCAGAGCUGGAGAAAAUGCUUUAAAGGUAUUACCUCCUUUGGUAGAAAUUUUCCCAGAAGCCAAACUCAAUCUAAUUGUCUAUUAUUUAAAAAAUGAAGACAUAGGAGAAGCAUUCAAUUUAGUUUAAGAUCUUUAACCAACAAACCCAAAAGAAUACAUCUUGAAAGCUGUGGUCUAUGCUAUGAAAGGAUAAUCCAGUCCUGAUCAAAAGGAAGCCUUGAAAACUGCUUAGCAACUAUUUUAGUUAGUAGGAUCUUCGGCUAGUGAAUGUGAUACCAUACCUGGAAGGUAAUGUAUGUCAUCUUGCUUCUUUAUUUUGAAACAAUAUGAAGAUGUUCUGGUUUACUUAAAAUCAAUUAAACAAUUUUUCUAAAAUGAUGAUGAUUUCAAUUGGAAUUACGGAAUUGCAUGUGCUGGUACUGGAGAUUACAAGGAAGCUGAAGAUGCCUUAGCAUAGAUUCAAUCUGAAAAAUACAGAGUAAUAUUUGAAUUCUAUUUAGUCUGAUGAUAUCUACAUCAAGUGGAUGACAAGAACAUUUAUAAUGAAUGGCAAGGCAAAGUAAUAUGUUCAAUUUAUUGUUUAGGGAAGCAUGGGAAUUAUAUAUUAAUAUGGAGACAUCCAGCGAAUCCUUUUAAAUUUUAGUUUUGAUUGCCAAUGAUUGCUAUAAGAUGGGGCAUUUUUAUUAUGCAGCUAAGGCAUUUGAUAUUCUGCAAAGAUUAGAUUCAGAUAAUGGGGAACAUGAGUAUGAAGACGCUUUAAGAGGCUCAGUGGUCGGAGUAUUCCAAAUGGUCAUUACAUCUAAGGAGACACUAGACCACUUGGUUGAGGUGAUAAAUAUCUUAACAAACACAGGUGAUAAUCCUUAAGUAGAAUAUAUUUUAAAGAUAAUUAAAAAAUGGGGCAAAGAAAAUAAUUGGAAAAUAUGA